GUUUUCUUCACCAGUGGAGUGAGAGAAAUAGAGACUGAAGAUGAGUGAGCUGGAACAGUUACGGCAGGAGGCCGAGCAGCUGAGAAACCAAAUCAGAGAUGCAAGGAAAGCAUGUAGUGACACAACUCUUGCUCAGAUCACAACAAGUCUGGACUCAGUGGGUCGAAUCCAAAUGCGAACAAGGCGUACGCUUAGAGGUCACUUAGCCAAAAUCUAUGCUAUGCACUGGGGAUCUGACUCAAGGCUACUAGUCAGUGCUUCUCAAGAUGGAAAAUUAAUUAUUUGGGAUAGUUAUACAACAAAUAAGAUGCACGCCAUUCCUCUGAGAUCCUCCUGGGUGAUGACUUGUGCCUACGCACCCUCUGGAAACUAUGUUGCCUGUGGUGGGUUGGACAACAUCUGCUCCAUAUACAACUUAAAGACCAGAGAGGGCAACGUGAGAGUGAGCCGGGAGUUGCCAGGACAUACAGGAUACUUAUCCUGUUGUCGCUUUCUAGAUGACAACCAAAUUGUCACUAGCUCAGGAGACACCACUUGUGCUUUGUGGGAUAUUGAAACUGGUCAACAGACCACCACAUUCACUGGGCAUACUGGCGAUGUGAUGAGUCUCUCUCUGAGUCCAGACAUGAGGACUUUUGUUUCGGGUGCCUGUGAUGCCUCCUCAAAGCUUUGGGACAUACGAGAUGGAAUGUGCAGGCAGUCGUUCACAGGGCACGUGUCAGAUAUUAAUGCAGUGUGUUUUUUCCCUAAUGGACAUGCAUUUGCCACUGGAUCUGAUGAUGCCACCUGCCGACUCUUUGACCUCCGAGCAGAUCAGGAAUUGAUGAUGUAUUCCCAUGACAAUAUCAUCUGUGGGAUCACUUCUGUAGCCUUCUCCAAAAGCGGCCGCCUCUUGCUAGCAGGGUAUGAUGACUUCAACUGCAACGUGUGGGAUACUCUGAAAGGGGAGAGAGCAGGUGUCCUUGCUGGCCAUGACAACCGUGUCAGCUGUUUAGGUGUUACUGAUGACGGCAUGGCUGUAGCUACAGGGUCUUGGGACAGUUUUCUCAGAAUCUGGAAUUAACUGGGAGCCAAACAUGUACAUUCUCCAUUUGAGAUCUGGAGAGAUCAAUGCUGCAGCCUAUAGCUGUGAAAUAACAUUUCUACCUUGUAUUUGCAGGUGAAGUUUUUCUAUUCACUGAUUAUUACACAAAAAGGCUUUCUGUAAACUAGAAAAAAAAAUCAAGUGAAGAAAUAGGGGAGGGGGGAAGAAAUCACUGACUUUUUAAAAGGGGCCAGCACACAUAAUCAUGGUGACCGACAAACUA